AUGCCUGUUUAUCUGAAGUGCAAGGUCCAGGGCUGCGAUGCCGAGUUGGUGAAUGGCAUGGUUGUCACCUCCUGUAUGGAGACGGCUAACUUUGGGAGCAGGCACAUCCUCUGUAACCAAUGCGCCAUCACCCAUGGCUUCGGAAAUGAGCCACCAUGGAGCUGCCCGGUGUGCAGAAAACAUCUUGAGGAAGAAGAAAUCUGCAAUCAUCAGGACUGGGAAUCAUCGGUUCAAGAUGCGGUCCAGUUGAUGUAUGGGCUCAGCCCAACAAUGAUCAUGGAAGCUGCUUCAAGUGCGAUGGCGUUCUGGUCACAGCAACUAGAAGUACAAAUGUCAGUUGCUCCCUCAUAUACCUAUCUUUUUGACAGCUACAUGCUCACUGCAAAAGAUCAAAGGACGGUCGAGAAAAGGCGGAAUUGUCGAGAACCUGUGCUGGCUGGAAAGCUAAAUAUGAUGGUAUGUUGCAGAUAG